UUUUUCAAACUUUUAACAAAAAAUGCUUCGGCGGCGGACAAUUUCAGCAUUAAUUCAGAUCGUCCUUAUCACUAGUCUCAUAUGCCUAUUCUAUAUUGUUUCGCAGUCUCAUCUAAAUUUCAAACCAAAUUUAAAACUUGAAUUUCGGAACUUCUCGGAGCCCCAUAGGCAGGCCCAUUUAUUUGACAACUACUGUAAAUUUGCUUGGACAGAUCCAAUGGAUUCAACUUUGAAGAAACGAUUGAAAUUCCCGAAACAUGCGAGCUGUGAAAAGUAUAACAUCGAUCUUUUCAAACGAUACCCAGCUACUGGAGAGUUCUCAAUGAAGUUAAAAAGUUACAAAAAUAACUUGGAAUGUGUUGCUCAAGUGCUCAAAGGUGGACUACGGCCGGAAGCUCAUACUUUUAAACUUGGAAGAACACAAAAUUUCAGUCCAAAACUAAACAAGCGAUUUUGGAUCAAUGCUGACAAUUUUCUUAUUACAUGUUUCUCCAAACAACUAGUGAUCUAUCGAAAGCAAUUCAUGGGACUGAAUAUGCAAGAAAAGUUACCUCUAGUUGUGGAUGGAUCAUUUGUAAUACCUGAACCUGAUUAUACUUUUCACGGCGAAAAAUCAACAAGAUUCUCUAUUUCAAUUCUAGGAUUAGAUUCAACAUCCCGAGCUCAAUUCGGGAGGAAUAUGAAAAAGACCAGUGGCCUCUUGGAUCGUCUGGGAAGUGUUGUGUUUAAUGCCUAUAAUAAGGUCGGCGAUAACAGCGCAGUAAACAUGCUUCCCAUUUUUGCCAACGAACUCCAGGAAACCGAAAGCAUGUCCUUAAUCGACGAGACAGGAGACGUAAAUAUUAACAAAAUCCUACCUUCAAAAACUCCAUUAAACCCGGAUACAAUUCAAUGGAUAUGGAAACAGCUGCCACCAGAAUACAUAACAAUGUACAACGACGAUAUUAUGCACACGUCACGGGGACUUUUUCAUUAUCCACCUGAUAAUUUUCUGGGUGGAUUUUCGAAACCACCUGCAAAGUUCUAUUAUCGUCCUUACUACAACCAUUUGUACACUCAAAUGAAUAAUUGGUGGAGAAAAUGUUUGGAUGGACAGUUGUUAGCGGAAGUGUUCAUUGACUCGUGGUUUCGAUUCGAACGAGUUUUUGGAAAACUUCCGCAUUUUGGAUUUACAUUUAUAUCGAGUUUGACCCAUGAUGACCCGAAUAACCUAAAUCUACUGGAUAAUACGUUGUAUCACAGAUUGGAAUAUUUAAAUUUAAUUUUCAAAAAAUAAUUCCGAAAUUCCCUGAAAUCUUUCAGAAAACAGGAAGUUUGGAAAACACAAUUCUAAUUAUUCUUGGUGAUCAUGGAAAUCGGGUUCAUCCGCUGAAUAGGUAUACAUUUGCUGGAAAAAUAGAAGAACGAGCUCCACUUCUGAACAUAUUAGUUCCUCCAAGGUUUCGAAAGUUGUUUCCGGAGAAGUUUCAGAACUUGAGAGAAAAUUCACAGAAAUUUGUUUCAAACUUUCACUUACACUCAACGUUGAAAUUUCUCAUUAGCCUUUCCAAAAACUUGGAUAGUUCGAAAAGAAGCAAGAACCUUUUUGAAGUUCAACCAACUAAUGCUACAUGUCAAGAUAAUGGUGUAAUCAGUAAUCAUUGUCUUUGUAUGGUUGAUGCUUCUCAAGAUAUCCGAAAGCUUCCAAAUUCUGAAUUACUCCAAGAUGUAUUGAAAUCUUAUAUGGAUGAUUUCAAAGAUUGUUUUGAUAUAACUACAAUCAAAUGUGGAAACGUGACGGAAAUGAUAAUGCCAAACAAUUAUGUCCAAGUGUGGGCUAGAACAAAAAUCAGUGAUAGCGAAGUAAUACGAAAAAAGGAAAAAGGAAGUGCUGUUAUCUACCCAUACCUCGAAUGUCAGUUAGAAUCCAAAAAUGGAGAUUCUGUAGAACUGUUAUCACAAUUUCGUCUAAUUCAAGCCACUCAAGAAGUAACAAUUGCCUACCCUCCACGACUCAAAACCACUUCUCCGAGCCAAUGCGGGCAUUUCUCAUUUUCAACGGAUUAUUGUAAAUGUGUCGAUCUCCAGCUAGCGGUGUAACAAUAUUUAUGCAUUAUAGAUUUGAGAAUUUGACUAAUAAAUAAUAUAAAU